AUGAGAAGUGGACAGAUUUGGCAUGUAUUGGGAGAUGUCGAUGAAUGUGCGGUGGUGAAUGGAGGCUGCCAGCAGCGCUGUAUUAACACUCUGGACACCUUCCACUGUGAAUGUGAUACGGGAUACAGACUCCAUGCUGACGGACGCACCUGCAUAAGGAUUGAACUGGAAAUUGUCAAUAGCUGUGAAAAGAACAAUGGUGGUUGUUCCCAUCACUGUGAACAUGGAAUUGGUGGGCCCCAUUGUUCCUGUAACCAUGGACACCAACUUGAGUCAGAUGGGAAAAUAUGCAUAGACCUUGAUGAAUGUGAGAAUGGAGAAGGCUGCUGUGCCCAGCUCUGCAUCAACUAUUCAGGAGGCUAUGAAUGCGGUUGUCAGGAAGGCUUUCGGAUAAGUUCCGAUGGUUGUGGAUGUGACGCCUAUGAUGACGGGCUAGAGGAAGGAGGAGAGGAAAUGGAAGUUGUGAGGUUUCUGGGUCUUCUAUUCAAGAGCCCACCUGAGCUGCUUCAUUAUGAUGCUACCACUCUGCCUCUCACCUAUGAAGAUGAGCAAGCUAAGGAGGAAGAGGAAAAAGAUUUCCUGGGAGAACUGACUGCUUGGCACAAACAUUCCUGUUUAGAUCGCACCUUGGGACAUGACUGCAGUUUGAGCUGUGGGGAAUGCACAAAUGGGGGCAGUUGCCAGGAAGGAGAGGGUGGAGGCUCCUGCUAGGCUGGCUGGGGUGGCAUUUUUUGUAAGGAAAGUGACACCCUGAGAACUGGUAUAGAUUCUUACCAUCCUCCAGGAUGCCCAAAAGGGUUCUUUGGGAAGAACUGCAAGAGGAAAUGUAACUGCAUCAACAGUGGCUAUUGUCACAAGAUGUAUGGAGCCUGUAUGUGUGAGCCGGGGCGCUAUGGGAGGUUUUGUCAUCUGAACUGCCCCAAGGGGGCCAACGGAGCUGGCUGCUCUUCAGAAUGCCAGUGUGUAGAGGAGAGCACCCUGGAAGGCAGUGCCAAAGAUGGUAGUUGCACCUGCAAAUCUGGUUACCAAGGCAACAGAUGCCAGAAAGCCUGCCCUGAUGGCCUCUGGGGACCAGAGUGCCAAUUCUCCUGAGCACCCUGUGAGAAUGGAGGUCAGUGCAACAAAAAAACUGGGAACUGUGAUUGUGCUCCUGGUUACAUAGGAAAAUCCUGUACCAUACGUAAGUCAUAAACCUAGACAGGAUAACCAAAAAGGGCAAUAAAACUGUUAGCUUUAUAAAUGCUCUUUUUUGUUUGUUUUUUCUAACUGCUGUACAAGAUACUGUUGUGUUAGAGUCCAUGUUUUAACUAUGGCAUAACAAAUUAUCCCAAUACCUCAUGGCUUAAAACAAUAAUUUAUCAUUUUCUUUAUUCUGUGGGUGGAUGGGAUGGUUGUACUUCUGGUCUCACCUGGGGUCACUCAUGUGGCUGCUUCAGCUGGUUAGAUCAGCUGGGAACAGACUGGGUUUGGCUGGGCUUUUCAACCCAGGAACCUGGUCUUUCCUCUACAUGAGGUUCCCACAGGGUUAGCCUGGACUUCCUCAUCAGGGCAGUUACAAGAAAACAUUCCAGGAAGGGGUAUCCCAAAAGUUUGAGAGGAAAAUCUACAAUACAUCAAAAAGCCUGGCUCAGAAGCCAUAUGUUAUACCUCCGCCACAUCUACUGGCAAGCUGCGUUCAAGGGGAGGAGAAUGAGACUCUACCUCCUGAUGGGAAAAGAAGCAGAAUCUCGUUGCAAAAGACCUGCAAGCUGGGAGAUAUGGUUGCAGCUAUUUUGGGAACCAAUCUACCAUAGUAUGCUAUUUAAAGUUCUACUGAAAGGCACUUUAAGAACCUGCUAGACUGGAAUUAUCAUUCUUGUCAGAAUGGGAGCAGAUUAUAGACUGAUAAAAGUGAUUAGCUAAAUUGAACCUGUUUCAAAGAGCCAGUAGAACUACCAUCCUGCUCUGUCCUCUUGUGGCCGUGAUUCUUGCGUAAGCCGUGUUCACCCUGCCUGUUUCCCCUUCUCUACACCAUCACAGUGAAACAGGGUGACUUGAGAACUUGAAGAAAGCUGUGGGCUGGAUGGUAAUACCAGUAUUGUUUACAUGACUAUUUGAAAUUGUCUAAUAAAAGUUAGCAAAAGUC